AAUAAUUGAAUAUUGGUAAAAAUAAAUGAUGUUCUCGGAUGAAGAAAUAAAAGAAAUACCAGAUAACAGUUACCUACGACCGGGGGACGAGAUAAUAAGCAUUCGUGAAGUUUGUUUAGUUGAUAAAUAUGACAAAAAGGACUUGGUGUUUAGCAGCGAGUCGCUAUUAUCGAGCUCCGGGCGGAAUGAUCUGGACGUCUCCCGAUCCUUAUUCCGCGAUGGCUUCUUCCCUGACACCCUGGAUCAGCAGCAGGCCAGGUUCGCAUGGACGGAAGAGGACGGCAACAUCGCCUCUCUCGUCUCCGAGCCGGGGUUCGGGACUACAGGGCAAACCACCUUUGGGAAGGACCUGGAUGCUGCCUUCAAGAAUGAGAUGAAGCUGAGCCAGUCGCAAGAGGCGGACACCUCAAGCUCAGUGUUCCACUCGACGUCCAGGAACGGGCUGACCUUCAGCAGGAAGCCGUAUGUGGAGCCCUCCCUCGUGUCCUCCACUUCCAACGAUCGCGCAAAAACCGGUUCGGGCACAUGCAAAGUGGACAAGGCAGACCCUCGCUCUCGCUUCCACUACGUGAAGUACGUCAAGCGACACGGGCGCACCGUCAAGCUAUGGGAGUGCGGGAUAUGCAGCCGAGAGUUCCAGCACCAGUACACGCUGAUGCGCCACCUACCCACGCACACUGACGAGCGCAACUUCCACUGUGACGCGUGCGGCAAGAGCUUCCGCCAGCUGUCUACCCUCAGCCAGCAUAGAGCCAUACACUCUGCUGAGCGGCCUUACGCUUGCGAGGUGUGCCACAAGACUUUCAACCGCGUCUCCACCCUGAUCUCCCAUCGCAAGACCCACUCCGAUGAGAAACCUUACAGGUGCCAUUUCUGCCCUAAAGGAUUCCAUCAGAAAGGAAAUCUGAGAAACCAUCUUUUCACACACACGAAUGAGAGACCCUAUCGCUGUAACAUCUGUUUGAAGGGUUUCAACCAACAAUCAAACCUUGUCUGUCACAAGAACAAGGCUCAUCCUGAUGACGGAUGCCCUCCCAUCAAUACUCGAAGCCGAAACAUUCCCCGUUUAGGUCUUCCAAUGGCUGAAAGUACACCAGACUCAUCGAGACCGCAAAGCGACCACUGCGAAGUUUCCUCUUCAGUCGGACCUUACUUAGCCUCAGUUGACGGAUCCUCAUCAGCCUGGCAGAAGUCUUGGGAGCUUCCUAAGCCUUACCCUGAAUCUGGGGCAUCCUGGGGCCAGGACAACCCCAUGGGAGCCAUGGGCAGCGGGGUCAUUGUGGACCCCAUCAAGACCUAUCACAUGGGGAUUGCUUUAGCAACUAGGCAGACCCCCUUUGCGUUGUUGAAGCCGAAUAAUGGAACUCCUGUGUUGGUGAAGGUUAUUGAUACGAAGCUCCCUGGUGGGAAACAGAUGUUGGUCCCAGCUACUGCUGAAGAUUUGAAAGUGGGUGGUAAAAUUGUUCUCAAGAACGAUGAAAACGAUCUUUCUGAGGGGGUCAACGAAGCAGCAGGUCCAGAAAUAGGCGGCGCGGUCCAGAUUCGAGUCCCGGUGGUGGCCAUCGUGGUGCCGAAGAUCAAAAACGGCGGACGACUGCAUCUGUCCGUCGAGGAGCCGCACCAUGCCUAUCACACUGCUUUGUCUGCUGAUGGAGGCCAGACUAUCCAGGAACAACGUUUUACAGUUGGGGAGGUGAAGGUGGAGCCUUGCGGCACGCCCGACGUCGCCGGCCGCCUGGACGCUCAUGACUUUGACGACUCUUCGAUUAAGUCUGUGCGCCUGUCGAGUUGCUCGCUGCCGCCGCCGGCGCCGUCGCCGCCGCUCGACCUCAUCCCUAUGGACCUGUUCGAGCCCAUGGAGUGCAUCCCCAUGGGCCCGCAAAUAACCGCCGUGGACAACAUCGACCAGCCCCCACCGUCCGAUGACUCUGACAUCUUCAUCGGAGAAUUUGACGAAGGCAUCCAGCUGUCCGAUUCGGACUAAACCUCUUUAUUUUAUUUUGUUUCUACAGAGUUAUUGUUUAUUUUAUUAUUUUUUGUUUUGUUUGGAAACUCCAGAAGAAUGAAGUCGUCGAUUUGUGUUAGACUUAAGCGAAAAUGAGUUUGGGUUGUUUUACUUUUAAUAUACAAUUUAAC